GCCGAGCGGAGCACCGACAGACGGAGCGGCCGCAGCGGCACCGCCGAUACCGCCGUCAGCACCGCCACCGCCGCCGGAACCGCCGCCGGAACCGCCGCCGGCCGCCAUGGCCGAGUACCGCAGCCUGCUGGAGGAGCUGGCGCAGAACAUCACCGCGGAGGACCUGGAGCAGCUCAAAUCCGCGUGCAAAGAGGACAUCCCCAGCGGGGAGGGAGAGGCCAUCGCCACCAGCCAGCAUUGGUUCGCCUUCCUGGAGAAGCACAGCAAGCUGGACAAGGCCAACCUGUCGUACAUUGAGCACAUCUUUGAGAUCUCGCGCCGCCCCGAUCUGCUCACCAUGGUGGUUCAGUACCGCACACAGGUGCUGAAGAUCUCGGAGGAGGAUGAGGUGGACACCAAACUCACCCGCAUCCCCAGCGCCAAGAAGUACAAGGACAUCAUCCGGCAGCCCUCAGAGGAGGAGAUCAUCAAGUUGGCCCCCCCACCCAAAAAAGCCUGAGGGGGGGUUGAGGAAGAGGAGGAAGAGGAGGAGGUGUCCCCCCCCCACCGCCGCUCCGACCCCAUAGGGUGGGUGGGGGUGGGGAGGGGGUGGGCACACGGUCACUAACAAAAGUCUUAAUGCCCCCCCCCCAUCCCAAAACCAGCGCUGGGGGGGGGGGGGGGGCUCUGCGUGUGCGUGGGUGUGCACGUGGGUGUGUGUGUGCGUGUGAUUUUGGGGGGGGGGCUUUGCUAUUUCCAGGGAACCCCCCCGACCCUUUACCCAAAUCAUUGGGAUAACGGAAACAGGGACCCCCCUCCCCCCCCCAUAUAUUGUGGUUUGGGUUUUUUUUUGGGGGGGGGGGGCGGCAUAGGGACCAUCCCCCCAUCCCAGUGCUGGGGUGGGGGGGCGCAAAUAGGGACCUCCCCCUCCUCGCCAGUUGUGGGGUGGGAAGCAUAGAGAGGGACCACCCCAUUGUAGGGUGGGGGGCACAAAUAGGGGCCCCAAUUGUGGGGGGGGGGAUGGGACAUAGCCACCCCCCCCUCGACCAGUUGUGGGGGGCACAGAGAGGGACCCCAACUGUGGGGUGGGGGGCACAUAGAUCCCCCUCCUUGCCAGUUGUGGGGUGCACAGAGACCCCCCCCACCGCCACCAGUUGUGGGGUAGGGGGCACAAAUAAUGACACCCCCCCCAAUUGUGGGGGGGGAGGCACAGACAGGGACCCCCCCCCCCUUAAGAACGUGGCUGUGGGAGGGGGCACAGGGAUGAAGGUGGGGGUACGUUGGGAUGGAGGAGCGCAGCAGGGCUGGAUGUGGGGGGGGGUCCUUUGCUGACUCCCCCUUAGAGGGGCUGAAGGACGGCACGAGGCUGUAAGGACUGGGCACCAUAGGGUGGGGGGGGGAAGGGGUAGGAUGUGCCCCCCCCACCCCAUGGGGGCUGCAGUGGGUGGGGGAUGGUGACGAGGUGACAUUGGGGGGGGGGGGGGUGGAACCUCUGUGCAGAGUGGUGGUAUUCUAAAGGGGGGGGGGCACCCCAGAAGCCCCCAACUGCACGGGGGAAUGCCCCAUUGCAGGAGGACCCCCCCCCAUUUUGCUGGGGGUGCGUGUGCAGAAAUAGAAGCCCCCCCCUCAAAAUCACCCAGACUGAUAUAACUGGGGGGGGGGGGGGGGGCGUUCCUCCCAGCCUUUCCCAGUGCUACAGUGGGAGAGAGGGGGUGAGAAAUGGACACAGCCCCCACGAAGGGGGGGUAGUUUGAGGGGGGGGGGGGGGAGGGGGGGUCCAACAGCUCUUAGCUACUAACCAAGGGGGGGGGGGGGGGCAUUGGAGAGAGUUUAUGUUAAUAUAUUUUAUUUAAUAAAAGCUAAAACCCGCAGAGCGGCUGUGUGUCCCCAUGUCCCCCCCCGCCCCCCCCCCUUAUUUAUUGUGUUUGUGUGUCCCUCUGUUCCCCCCCCCCCCCCCCAAUUCCAAACUGUGGCUUUGGUUACAAAACGACUGUUCAGGACCCCCCCCCCCCCCCCCCCACACCACUGCUGUGAUCCCACAGUGGGGGUGGGGAGGGAACGUGGUGGCCCCCAACCCCACAGUGGGGACACGGGGGGGUCUCAGCCCUGCGUGUCCCCCCCCCAAACCUUAAUUCCCCCCCCCCCCCCCCCCAUGUCCUGACCGCACUGACUGUGUACAGCUCUUAUAAAGAGAUGGAAAUGAAACAGC